AUGGCUCCGGUCGCCGCGUCGCGCAAGCCCGCUACCACCAACACGUCGGGCCAUCCGGCCCUGACGGCGCUGUACCAACUCGGAGGCGAGGGCGACCCCAAGAUCGUCGAGGGCAUCUACGACCAGUGGGCGAGUAGCUACGACUCGGACAUUCUAGGUGACGACCAUGGGUACGUCGGUCCGCAAACUGCCGUUCGCGCUCUUGUGCGUGCUGGCGUCACCCCGCUGUCGCACAUUCUCGAUGCCGGCUGCGGGACCGGUCUAGUUGGGGUGUAUCUCGCCCAGGCGGGGUAUGUUGAGGUCGACGGAAUCGACCUCUCGCCCGCCAUGUUGAAACAAGCCGAAAAAACGAACUCGUACAAGGCGCUCAAGACGGUCGACCUGACGCGCAACAUCCCAGUCCCGGAUGCAGUGUAUGAUGGGCUCACGUGUGUGGGGACGCUCACGCACGGGCAUGUGGGUCCGCGCGUCCUCAACGAGUUCGUCCGUGUCGUCAAGCCAAACGGCGUCAUUGUCGCCACUGUCCUAGAGGAUAUUUGGGAUGACGGAUUCGAGGCAGAGACACAGCAACUGGCCAAAGAUAAAAAGGUGGACAUCCUCGGAAUGGACAUCGAGCCGUACCGCGCCGGUGCGGGGGUGUGUGCGCGUACUCUCGUCAUGCGCCGUCGCUAG